AUGAUAACAAUACUAAGCGUUUUGAAUGGAGGUGAACGUAGUCCGACCGCAUAAAGCCAGUUAGCAGCGCCAUCAGCGAUCUUUUCAGUCGCAUGCUGAAGUUGGUAACGGACCAUGUCUAGCGAUUCUGCUGAUUACAACAGCUCAAGAGACAGAGACCAUGGGGGGCCAGAUGGAAUGGAGCCUGAUGGUGUCAUUGAGAGCAACUGGAAUGAGAUCACUGACAACUUUGAUGACAUGAACCUGAAAGAGACUCUUCUCAGGGGAAUUUAUGCUUAUGGUUUUGAAAAGCCCUCUGCCAUCCAGCAGCGGGCUAUCAUCCCUUGCAUCAAAGGCUACGAUGUCAUUGCCCAAGCCCAGUCAGGCACUGGCAAGACCGCCACGUUUGCCAUCUCUAUCUUGCAGCAGCUGGACAUUGAGCAGAAGGAGACUCAGGCUCUGGUCUUGGCUCCCACUAGGGAGCUGGCUCAGCAGAUCCAGAAGGUCAUCCUGGCUCUGGGUGACUACAUGGGAGCAACCUGUCACGCCUGUAUUGGGGGAACCAACCUCCGUAGUGAAAUUCAGAAGCUUCAGGCUGAAGCCCCCCACAUAGUGGUGGGCACACCCGGCCGUGUGUACGACAUGCUGAACAGGAGACAUCUGUCCCCAAAAUGGAUUAAGAUGUUUGUUCUGGAUGAAGCUGAUGAGAUGUUGAGUCGAGGGUUCAAGGAUCAGAUCUAUGAGAUCUUCCAGAAACUGAGCACAAAUAUUCAGGUGGUGCUGCUCUCAGCCACCAUGCCGGCAGACGUGUUGGAGGUCACCAAGAAGUUCAUGAGGGACCCCAUUCGCAUCUUGGUGAAGAAAGAAGAGCUCACCCUCGAGGGUAUCAAGCAGUUCUACAUUAAUGUGGAGAGAGAGGAAUGGAAGCUAGACACACUAUGUGAUCUGUAUGAAACCCUCACCAUCACUCAGGCGGUCAUCUUCCUCAACACCAGGAGAAAAGUCGACUGGUUGACCGAGAAGAUGCACGCCAGAGACUUCACCGUCUCUGCUCUGCACGGUGACAUGGACCAGAAGGAGCGUGAUGUGAUCAUGAGGGAGUUCAGGUCCGGCUCCAGCAGAGUCCUCAUCACCACUGAUCUUCUGGCUCGUGGGAUUGAUGUACAGCAGGUUUCUCUGGUCAUAAACUAUGACCUUCCUACUAACCGGGAGAACUACAUUCAUAGAAUUGGUCGCGGUGGCCGUUUCGGCAGAAAAGGAGUCGCUAUCAACUUCGUCACUGAGGAGGACAAGAGGAUCCUUCGGGACAUUGAGACAUUUUACAAUACGACCGUGGAGGAGAUGCCCAUGAAUGUGGCCGAUCUGAUUUGAGCUCUGAGGUUUCUCCUUUUUUGUUUUCUAAACACAGUGAUAGCGAUUGUCCACUUGCAUUGUGCUUCUAUUAUUCGAGAGGGGGAAAAGUCUUCUCAAUGCUAAACCUUGGAUCGAGUUUUGGUAUGUGUUAAAGUGAGGUGACUCGCUUGGACAGUUGUAGGUUCUAACCUCGUCGGCUGGCUGGUUGGAGCUACAAAGCCAUGGGGUCUGUAAACAUUUUCAGGUAUUUUUUUCCAUGUUCACUUCAGAUGCGUAUAUUUGAUGUUCUUCACCAUUUAGUAACUUACUUGUGGACUAAAAGGUUUAGGUGCUGUAUAAAGUCUGCACAUUACGUUAUGCUAACAUAUGUGCGAUGUUCUCGUGAGUCUGCUUAUUAGAGGCACUUGGCAUGUUCAACUAGUAGAUUCACUUUGCUUUGGUUCUUUUGUGAAUGUGUUUAAUUUAAAUGUAUCAUAUUUUUUUUAAUCAAACUUGCUCUAGCUGAAUCCCUCACUGGCUAUGUUUUGCUGAUGUGGUUUUACCCUGAACAGAGUAUAUUGCACCUUCCCUCCUCCCUGAUGACUUUUCAGAUUUCCUCUUGAAAGUUGUAUGAAUGUCUUAAUAAACUGAUAUUGCUGUUG